AUUGGAGAUUUACAGCUCUGUUGUCACCUCUUUGCCUCUCUGAUCUUGGCGUUGUAUAAAACUGCAUAUCCCAGCGUCCUUAGCGUCACCGCGGCAGUUCCGCGUUGGUUCGAAGACAGGAGUCUGUUUGGUUGUUCCCAGUGAGCAUCUGAAGAGGAAGAAUAGACGUGAGUUAGGGAACAUAAAGGCCAGAAUGGCGGACAUACGGCCGUGUAAGGUGUGUAACUUCACACGACAGAAGUCCUACGGGCUGGUUGUUCCCUCCCUGGCGGAGCUGAAGAUAAGAGGGUCUGAGUUCCUUGGGUGUCCCAGUGACCAGGUCACAGUGGUCCUAGAGGAUGAUGGGACGAUAGUAGAGGAUCAGUCCUACUUCUUGUGUUUACCCCCAAACACAAAGUUCAUGCUGUUGCAUGAAAAAGAAUCAUGGUCUCCACUUCGCAAGAUGGAUGGUGGCACAGCCUGGAUGGCCAGGGAGUCUGUGAUUCUGGAGAAUGAUACUGUGGAUGCCCUCGGCCUUGUAGCCCCCUGGUGGGGCCUGGCUCAGCAGCUGAAGCAGGACCUGGCCAGCAUCAUCCUCUUGUCUGAGGACGACCUACAGACUUUAGUAGAUGCCCCAUGCCCUGAGCUAGCCUCUGCUCUGGGCUUCCAAGAGAAGAAGGCUGUGGACCUACAGGAGACACUGCAGAGGGUUUUGGACAGAAGGGAGGAGGAGAGACAGUCCAAGGAGUUGCUCCAGCUCUACCUCAAAGCUGCGGAAAAAGAGGACAAGCAGCAGGAAGAGCCGAGUCAGCCCAGCCAGGGAGGGGCUGGAGAGGUGGAUAUGCCAGACGGCAUGGAAGUGGACUCCGCAUCUGGAUUCAUGUCCAGGACUCUGAUGGUCUUGAAAGGCAAAACAAGCCCAGAGACCAGGCUCUCCACUGAAGACCUGCAGAUGGUAGCGAGCAGAGGGGUUGAAGCUAUGCAGCAGGUGCUGGGCUGGGACUCAUCCAGGACGGCAGAUCUGCUGCAGGCCUGCAAGGCCGAGCUGGCCACACGUCUUCAGCAGGUCCAGGCCGUGCAGUCCGUCAGGAGCACACAGCUGGACAGCAGCCGGCAGGCCGGUGGGAAGAACGCGCAGGGCAAACGAACGGCAGCCAGAGGCAGGGACUAGGCCAGCUUCAUCUGAGCAGAGACUGAUAAGAAUUCACACUACCUGCCUCAGGGUCAGUAGAAUGGGAUUUGUCCUGUGGUACUGAUAAUAUACAUAAUGCUGGAAUCUAUGAAUGCUAAUAAUGUUGAUGUUUGCAUCACUUUGUAAAACUUGCAAAACCACCUGAGCACUUUUGCCACAAGAGGUUUUAACCACUAGUUGCAGCUUUCUAUUGGCUCCUUAAUUUGUGCCAGGCUGUAAAAAUAUACAUAUAUACACAUAUAAACAUAUCUAUGUAAAAAAAAAAUCUGUUCAAUAUGGAGCUGAAAGCAGCAGGCAGUUUCAGCAGCCUGGUUCUGUUCAUGUAGGGUCACAAUUAACCUGCCAGCACCUAUUCAGAUCACAAGUUCACAUAUCACUUCUGUUGGGAUCCAUGUCCGAGCAUGUAAGUGAUUUUUCAUUGGGGACUGGGAAUAUAAAAGAUACCAUUCUCCCAAUUCAGUGGACUAUCAGACGAAUUUUGAAGCUGCUAUUGCUGGUUUUGCUUCUAAGUUUUUAUAAAAACUGUUAUUGUUGAAUCAGUUUCCCAGUAUUAUUGUUUACUAUGUGCUCCUCAUUAUAAUUGCCAAUUAAGACAGAAAUUAUGCACUGCUUUUUUUUGUAUGCACACAUUUAAGUUGAAUAUAAGUAAGAAAUAUACUUUCAGCUAGUCAAAGAAACCCAGUUGAUGUCCAGUUCAUAGUGAGCAACAAAACUGAUUAUAUUGUGUUUUUGAAAUAAUUUAAAAGGGCCAUCACAGAAUGGACAUUUACAUUUUGAAUUCAGGGGAUCUUUUGUGACGUUGAAAGUAGCAGUGUGCUCUUAUUUCAAUCAGCUGCUAGCCAGGCUGAUCCUGUACCGUAUAACACUCCCGUCCCAGUGGCCCCUGCAAAAAGAGACAUGUACUGACCCCACUAGAGCUCCGUAUCAAAAGUUUACUUUUAUUACAAUCACUUAUGUUUACAAAUAGACUCUCAAUGUCAAGAAAUUGAUAAAUUGUUGUGAAAAAAAAACAAAUGUGUUAAUAGAACUGAAUUUGGUAUUUUCCUUUUCAUCUUUCACCACACUCUUCAUGUGUGGGCUACUUUAUAGAGUUCGACAGAUAUAGAUUUUUGGAGGCUAAUGCCAAUACAGAUAUAAGGGAGUGAAAGAUUUCUGAUACCAAUACAUUGGCCGAUGUAAUUAUGCAAAAAUAAAAUUUGGCAGUGAUUCCUAAGAUGUCGUUAUGAAACCUUUAUGACAAAAAACUAUAGGCUUGAUAUUUUACAGUCAACUUUAUUAUAAAUAGCCAUAAAUAAAAAUUAAAAAAUGAUUUGAAUGAAGGAAAUCACCUUUUUUUUUCUUUUCUUUUCGGAAAAUGCAAACAUAAAUCCACAUCCUGUAUUCUGUAAGAUAAACGUUUUCCCAUCUGUGUAUAUCCGCAAACAAACGCGGAUACCAAUAAGUCUGUGAACGGCUCAUAUCGGAUCAUAUGAUAUGAUUUUCUAGCCAAGAAAUAGCCAAGAAAAUCGGUGGGACUCUACCAAUAGGUGUGAAAUAUCCUAAUUUACUGACCUGUUACUAUUAGUAGAUUCAGUAUGUGGAAUAUUGAAUAGUAGAAAUACAAUAGUAUGGUGGGAACACGCACAAAACUCAAUGCCAAAGUAACUUGCACUACGUUAGAAUGACAUGGAGUGCAGACAGAACCCGUGACCUUGAUCCUUCGGAGAGUGACAAUUUUUAUGACAUAUAUGCAAAUCCUAAAAUCGAGUAGACAUAAUUGUGUCAAAACUCUGCGUCAAUAAAUACAUCUAUUUGAAUGGAUCACACGGGCUAAUUUAUCAUUCCACCAGUAAAGUGUGAGACAAGACGAGAUGUAUGACACAUACAUGCAAGCCUCACUGAGCCCAUUAUGGCUGACAUUUUGAAUGACAAAGCUUCAUCUUUGAAUUAUUGAGAACCUGUAUUUCUGGAUGAGCACUCUUUAACACUAUCAAUUAUAUACUAUUAGGAGGCUAUGUAUCAGUCCAGUGGCUACGUGAUAUGCAUCGGUGUGUUCGAUGUGUGCAGGUCCGCAUGACUCAUAGGUCACGGAGAAGAUGGCCUUUGUCGUGCCUGUCAUCGCUUCAUCUGUCUCUCGAACAAAGAACACAAAUGAUGGUGGACUUGAAUUUGCGGGAGGAUCAUCUUUUUUUUAUGUUGUGGCGAGAUUGAGUUGUCACCACCAGCUUGUUUUUUAGAAAGAUCUCCUGUAUGUGCAUUAUUGGGUCAAGAGGUUUCGUCAAAAGUAACACGUCACACCACUUAAAGCUUCUAAGAACUUCCCCGUGUCAGUUCUCCAGCACAUUCACAUGUAGUAUUUAAUUGAAACACGUACGACAGUUGUUAGAAUGGGAACUUGUAUAUGAUUGUGCAGUAUAAGGUACCUUUGAUACACAUGUUGAAUGGUGGUAAAUAAACUCAAACUUUUGACAGUG